AUGGCAAGCGAAUGUGCUAUUACCGUUGGGAAAGCAUAUGAUGAGGCGUUAUUCACUGUUGUCGUCUACUUUGUGCGGUUGCCGAUCGACCCAUCAAUACAGCGGUGCAUAGAUGAAUGGCUUGAAAUUUUCAUUGAUCUCUCUUCUAUUUUUGGAAUGCCUUCACUUGGUAUCGUCAAGAAGAAGCGGACUUGCAGUACUCUCUCAUCAAAAGGGAGGCGAUGUAAGAGGGAGACGUACUUUUCGACCAAAACAGUUGCCGAGUACUACCGCAAAUUCAGAUGGUUUAAUAAAUUUUACGUUUCCAAAGAAUAUCUAAUCCUUACUGUUGAACGAAGGAAAGCGUGCGAAUUUUUUCGAACGAAAAGUUGCUGCGGCGCAAUAGGGUGGGAUCAUAAGACGUGGUAG